UUAUUACGGCGUCGGAGAGAGGGCUUGCGGAGGAGAUCUAAUUGGGCCGAAGAAAGCUCAUUAAGGACACUACCGAUGUCUCUGAUUGGGCCCAAAAAAGUUCUUCAAGGACCAUAACGAUGUCUCUAAUUGGGCCCAAAAAGCCCAUAAAUUUGUAUUUGCUCCGUUGGAUCAUCCCACGCGCACCAAUGGCGCGUGGAUGCCACCGCCCCAAAUCUCCCGCACUAUAAGUCCACCGAUUUUGCUUGUUUUCUAAAAUUCCGGAGAGAGGCGCGUGGGACUUUUUUUUGGCUGCUUUAUUGUACCCAAAAAAAGAGACGAAACGAUGCGUCUUACCAAAACGAAAACGAACAGAGGACUAUUCGUAUUUCGUAUUACAACUUAAAAACAACUAACAAGUAGAGAGCCAUCUGGAUCUUCCUUCAUUGAAUCAUUUGUCAUUGUUGUAAGCAUCGAAAUCUCCUCCCGGUGAUCGCCCACCCAUUUUCUCCCCCGAAUCUCUCUUCCUCUUCUUCUUCUUCCGUCCCUGUAAAUCCCUCACAUUUCCUCUGCAAUCUCUCCCCUUGUGCGUGUAUCGAUGGCGUCGCUGUCUUUGCCUUGUCCGAAGAUCUGCGCUUCCAACCGGUUCGGCUCCAUCUCCGGGAGCUCACACCGGAAACUCAACAGAAUCUCAUUUUCCAAUGUGUCUGAUGCCUCCCAGGUGCAACCCUUCAACCAGAAGCAAUCUGCAUUCUGGAGUCUCCAUGCAACAGUUGAUACGGUUGCUUCCAACUCUGAAGUUGUGAAAAGUGGAUCCUUGAAUGGAAAAGCUGAAAUUGUGGAUAACAAUGUUCAUGAUCCUGCUGUACUCCCGGUUUUUAUGGCUCAAGUCUCUGACCUUGUCAAGCUUGUGGAUUCAAGAGACAUAGUGGAGCUUGAACUGAAACAACUGGACUGCGAGAUCAUUAUAAGGAAGAAGGAAGCUCUACAGCAGCCUGUAGCAGCAGCACCACCAGCAGCAGCAGCUCCGCUCUUCUCAAUGCCGCCUCCAAUGGUUAUGCCUCCGGCUCAACCAGCCGAUCCAAGCUCUGCCCCCUCAGCCUCUGUGGCUGCUCCUGCUGCUCCGGCUAGCCCUUCCCCGUCUCAUCCUCCCCUCAAAUCUCCUAUGGCUGGCACCUUCUACCGAUCUCCUGCACCCGGUGAACCUCCUUUCAUUAAGGUUGGAGACAAGAUUCAGAAGGGUCAAGUUGUUUGCAUUAUUGAGGCUAUGAAACUGAUGAACGAAAUCGAGGCUGAUCAAUCAGGAACUGUUGCCAAGAUACUGGCUGAAGAUGGAAAACCUGUCAGCCUCGACACGCCGCUGCUUGUGAUCGUACCAUGAAGGUCGGGUUCAGACGAAAAACCCGUUUGAACCGCUUCUACCGUACGUAAUUCGUUGGUUUGGGCUGGUUUUUCUUCUGUUUGGGGUCGGAAAUGGCUCUGUUUCCGAGACUUUCUUUGGACCAGUCCUGUUUCUAUGUAGAUGGGUCGUGUUUUUUGUUGGCUUUAGUCUGGUACAAAAGAAAAUGUUAAAUAACUACCGUUAAGUCAUUGGCAGUGUUUUGGAUU